AUGAGACAAAUGGGCCUCAGAAAUUUCAGCACAUCUCUGCGAGCGGGCAUUACGUUUGUUAAAUGUCCGCCGCCUGAAAUAGAUACGGGGUGCACGUUCUGUGAACCAGUACUUCCCCACAAUAAGCCUAUCAAUUUUGACAAAUCACUGCGGAACACCGCAGCUGCCGUUUGGAAGACUCUGCUUGUUCUCACAGGCGAGAAUGCAGCAAGCUGGCCGAGCAAACUUGAAUUGGUACCGGGAUCUGCUGUGGGAGAGUUUCAACCUUUUAGACGAUCGAUAUGUUCUCCCUUUCACCCAGUGCUAUUCGCAAACACAUCUUUGCCCGGAACUGCCUGCUCAAGUACAUCGUUUUCCGGGAUAUUGCUCCCAGACAACCAGAUCUUUUCGAAUAUCCCGAAAUCUCGACUCAAAGAAUUCGCUAUGGCCCACCUGACUCCCAGAUCUGAGAUAGAAGAGAAGGCCAAAGAGCAGGAGAGACUUAGCUUAGAGUUCCCCAGUCAAACCAACGAAAACGAGCUCAUUCUCAUUUGUGGUCAUUCCCAGAGAGAUAUACGGUGUGGAGCAAUUGCACCUCUUCUUCAGGACGAGUUCAAUGCCGUGCUAAGCUCCAAGGGACUGUUGUUCGAUGAAGAUACCAACCCGAGAGGAAUCAAAGUCGGAAUGAUCUCACACAUCGGAGGCCAUGCCUAUGCCGGAAAUGUUGUUUAUUUCAAAAAGAACAUGGAAUAUCCGGUGGUCUAUGGAAGAGUGUUUCCGAAACAUGUUCAGGGGAUUGUCAAAGAGACGGUGGUUAAUGGCAACAUCAUAGAGGAGUUGUACAGAGGUUAG